AUGUUGUCUCCUAUACUCAAGUGCCUAUUACAUCGUUGUACAACAAUGGUUAACAUUCUCUAUACCCUCGCGGCCUUUAUCGGCUCUGCUGCUGCCACCACUCAGUACUUUGAUAAGAAGGAAGAUUUUCCCAAGUUUAUCAAGAACGCAAUAGGCAAGACUAACUACACGGACACAUGCGGCACCAACUAUGCUACUGAAAUUGUUGUUUACAACCUCUGCACUUACCCUCUUUACUUGUACCGCCAAGAUUCCUAUGUUGAGUACAUUAAGAUGCUGAGUCCUAAUACUACGUACUCGCAAGCCAUUACUGUGGACGCACGCUCGCCGCUCGUCUCAUUUGCUGCAUCCAAGGAGCGCGGGGCCUAUAGCCGCAACGGCACUACCAAGAUGGGCACAUACCGAUACGAGAGUAGCCAGAGGCACAUAGCGCUUCAUGCACAAAUCUACCAUAUCUUGGGUGAGGAUGAAGAGGACGACGAGUCCAUCAUGAUUGGUUAUGGCGCUGCUCUCUGUUCUUCUGGUGGGGGUCAGGGCUGGCUUGCUAUUGAUGACCAAGUUCAGGGUGAAGUUAAUUGCAGCACUCCUGACGGUGGCUACAUUACCGAGGCUUCGUCUGGUAUACACUAUGCGUUUUGCGCAAAGGACGAGGACUAUCACUUGCAGGAUGGCGAGCUUAUGGCAGGAAAUAGGGUCCUGAAAUGGAACAUGUAA